AUAGGUUCUCUCUUCCAUCUUCAGAGCUACUGCCCUCCCUUGUGCUGAGCUGCUAGGAAGCCCCUGUUUGCGAGCUGGUAGGAGCUUGACCAUGGUCACCCCUCUGACUCUCACCAGCAGGGGACAUGGUUGAAGCUGAUCUCCCAGGAAACCUCUUCAUUGCUGGUGUCAAUAUAGAAACAAAUGAGAAAGCCCUUGAAGUAGUGUUUGGUAAAUAUGCACGAAUAGUAGAAGUGCUCUUGAUGAAAGAUCGUGAAACCAGCAAAUCAAGAUUUGCUUUUGUCACCUUUAAAGGCCUAGCAGACACUAAGAAUGCAGCCAGAGACAUGAAUGGAGAGUCCUUGGAUGGAAAAGCCGUUGAGACCUGCCUUGAAGGGAACCCCUGCCUUCUGGCAGAGAUGUUCAUUUGUCCACAAGAGAUGACGGGUGUUCUACAAAAGAUAGCUGUUCAAAUAGAGAUUACCCAAACUCUCGUGAUCCAAAAGAUUAUGCGCCACCACCAAGAGAUAAUACUUAAUGUGAUUACAGUCUUUCCAAUUCACAUGAUGACUAUCCAUCAAGAGGCUGUAGUGGUAGAGAUGGCUGUGGUCAUGGCCAUGGCUAUUCAGAUCAUCCAUGUAGCAGGCCCUACAGGGAUUCAUAUGACAGUUACGACAAGUCAUGCAGUGCUCCUCCUGCACGAAGGCCCAUCAUUGUAUGGUGGAAACAGUCGCUCUGAUGAUUACAGCAGCUCACCUGUACUUGGUGGCCCUGGAGACAUAUUCAAGCAGCCUAAGUGGUCUCUAGUCAAGUGGUCGUGA